GCGAGGAGGGGAAGAAAGGAGAGAGGAGGGGAAAGGCGGCGGCGGGGGGUGGGAGAUGUCGAUCCUGUGGGAGAAGAGCGCGGGGUGGCGGUGGCUGGUGCGGCGGACGCGGGACUCGAAGCCCUUCUUCUUCACCUUCGCGGCGCUGUGCGGCGUCGUCCCCGGCGUGAUCGGCUACGGCGUGAUGCAGCUCACCAGCUCCCGCAACGAUCAGCUCGAGGCCCACCUCCGCUCUACCGCCCGACCAGAGACCACGAUGAUGGGGCAAGUGAACAGGGAGAGAUUGGCGGAGUUUCUUGGUGAACUGCAAAGGAAAGAAGACACAAAUGAUAGAUAUGUUGCUGCUCUGAAAGGGGAGACACUGACUAGGAAACGUUAUGAACGUAUUCAGCCUGUGCCUGUCAGCGGGCAAGCUACCCAGGAGAGUGCCAAGGCCAGUACCGAGGAGAAGGUCAAGUGAUACACAACCAAUGUUCCUAGCAAGAUACGCUCUGCUCAAAUCACUGAACAUAAACUUUAGCUUCAUGAAAGUCAAAGCUUGUAAGCAUCAUCACCAUCCAGUCUGUGUUUCAUUACGGAACUUUAGUCGUUAACUUGUGUAAUUUUCUUUAUCUGCGUGCCCUGCUAUCGAAACUUUUGUCUGAAUGAAACUGCAGUCUCUGUUGGGUCGAAAUUCUGUUUAUGUGGUCAUAUCAUUGUCGCCGCAGUUAGAAAAGUACUGCAUAUUGUUCUUUCC